AUGUCGAGAACGGUAUUGCUUCGUCUGGGGAUGCGGAGGAGGCUGCACUCGCUCAGGUUCAAGAGGGCGGAUGAGGUGCAACGAGCGCUAAACCUUACGUGGGCUAGCUUGGAGUCCUGGACCCACCCGAUCCGCCUGAGCUUGCUUGCGGGCUCUCCAGGAGAAAGGAACCGCCGCGCCCUGGGGGGUUCAGGCCAGCGUGCUCGGCCAGUCGGGUGUCUGUUUUUGGCGAAGAUCGGUGCGAAACCCGUAUUGUUGGUUACCGCCGGAUACGGGUUAUGUAAGUACGGGCCUAACCCGACGUGGCCAAGCGUCAUCGGCCAUGCACUGACCACUUAUUUUUAUCUGAAUCUGCAUCCUAAGGUCUCUUUCCUAUUACUGCCCGAGAUUACCGUGGGGUUUUGUGACUGGGUCUUUACAUGUCUCUGCCCCGUCGCACUGGGCACCACAAGAUAA